UAUUCAUAGGUGGCGCUUCUUGUGACGUCACAUUUAGAACAUCUUCAUACCAGCGUUCCAUUGCUGUCCUGGAUUCCAGAGGUGACGGGUGUGUGAUGGAUUUUAAACCCAAAACGCUGAUAUUAUCACCUACAAGGUCACCAGCUUUUCCAUCAUAGCCAGAAAUGUCAUCACCCGAAAUGCCAUCACCAGAAAUGCCGAUAGUAUCACCUAUAAGGACACCAACUUUUCCAUCCUCAACAUCAUCGCCAGAAAGGCCAUCACCAGAAAUGCCGAUAUUAUCACCUGUAAGGUCAACAGCUUUUCCAACAUCAACAUUAUCACCAGAAAGGCCAUCACCAGAAAUGCCGAUAUUAUCACCUGUAAGGUCACCAGCUUUUCCAGCAUCAACAUUAUCACCUGAAAGGUCAUCACCAGAAAUGCCGAUAUCAUCACCUACAAGGUCACCAGCUUUUCCAUCAUCGGCAUCAUCGCCAGAAAGGUCAUCACCAGAAAUGCCAUCACCAGAAAUGCCGAUAUUAUCACAUGUAAGGUCACCAAUGACAUCAACGGUUGAAGGUGGGGAGGAGGAUGAUGAUAUCUUCGUAAAGAAAGAAUCUUCUUACAGAACAUGACGACAUACCAGUCAUCGAGUGGUUCCAUACGUAACGAUAUUCCUGAAAAUGACGCGGACUUAUUCAACCAUGCAGCUGUUCUGGCCGUCAGAUUAGUCGGAUCAUAUACCAACGAGCAAAUAUUGGAAGCAGUUGCUCUAUUGAAAUCCAAUCAAAAAGAUGUAUUCAAUGCUUCAAAUCUAAUGCAAUGCCUAAUAGACAUUGAGGAUCUGGAGGAGGAAGCCAAACAACAAAAGGAAAAAAACGAGAGGAAUAUGAAAGACGCAGAAAUUGAAGAGCUGCGGUUGCGUACAAAAUGCAAAGUGUGUCUUGAGGAAGAACUUAAGAUAGUUUUUCUACCGUGUGGCCAUUUAUGUACAUGUGUAGAUUGUGCUAGUCACCUUGAGAGAUGUCCCGUUUGUCGGGAACAGAAAAGGAGUACUGUAAAAGCAUACUUAACAUAAAUCUGUUGGACUAUUGAACAAAACGACAAAUUUUCACGGUUGAGUGCGGCGCACACAAAAUUACUCUCCGAAAAAUGUUAAUCGACUAUAACUAAAGUUCUUAGUAUUGCUUCCUUUUUAUCAAUAUGAACUUAUUGUUAAUAUGAUACCAAUAUCCCUUGUAUGGGGAUCGGGGCAGGGUCCAGGUCGGCGUACAUGAAAUUAGGAGGACCAGAAGUUAUCGUGUGGAAGGAUUUACUAUGUUUGGAAUAAUAGGAUAUUUUGGUGUUUCAGUUUGUUGUCGUGUGUGGUUGGAAAUACGAAGGAAAUUUGUAUGGGAGUCGAAGUUUAAUUAUUAUUUUUUUUAUUGUAUGCUGAAUGUUUCUUCAAGAUUCCAGAAUGGAAUAUGCUCACGUCGUUGCUAUAGUAACCCUACGACGCUCCAUCAUUUGGGAACUUAUAUGAAGGAAAUACUCAAAUUUUCUUUUACCAGUUUUAUAGAAAUUACGUUAAAAUACGAUUAGAUUCUUCUGGGAAGGUCAUCAUUUUACUGUAAGAUGGGUUCAUAAUAAACGACUAUUUUCAGGAAAGGGGAAUCUAUCUUGCAUUGAAACUUAAACUGCAAUUCAAAACUUGGGUAACCAUGUUGAUACUUUUUAUUCAAAAGGUUGGAUUUUCCUGGAAAUCGGGGUUCAAUAAGAUUAGGUUUAACAUUGUACAUUGUUUUGUUAAGUAUUCAUCUGAAUCCUUCAUUGUAAAUAUUCAUAGCUUUAGUAGAUCAGAGGUAUGAAAGAUAUGAGAGAGUGGUAGUUGAUAUAUGUAGUUAAAAGAUGGAAUGUACGAGUUAUAUGCCAUUGUUGUAGAUAAAAAUUCCGUCGAUUAAAUUAUUUACCUUAACAAAACUGUUAGUUACAUAUGAUAAGAGAUCACGGUCCCAGGAAUAGUGAUUGUAGAAUAUGGGUAUUCUUAAUACUCCUGAACAAAGUUUGUUAAUCCGAGAUAAUGGUCUAAGGGCAGAUAACUUCAGAAUUUCUAAAGUUUUAUCAAUUAGACAGUUCGUAUAUAUAAACAGCAGGACAAAAAAUGACUAACAAGUAAUUAUUGAGGGAUAAAGAAGAGAAAGACCUUAUGACAAGAAAUCUGUUACAAUAUUAAACUUAGUGGAGCUACGGCAAAAUUCUUUAUGGACUUGAUAUCAAUCAUAUUGAUACGCUAUCCUAUGUAGCAGUCACCUACAGUUUAUUCAUAUAGCUGUCUGAGUGUUUGAGCUCAAAUGUAGGUAUCGCCUAUACAUUUUGUUGACCGUAUUUUGAUAUUGGUGGACAUUCAUGCCGCAUGACAACUACUAGGAACACCUUUCCUUUUCUUCUUUUCAGACAUGACUCCAGAUGUAAAUACCCUUGGUAGCCUGUUGGUACUGAAUAGUAUUGUUUGGGAUAUUUUCCAUUGGGAAUACAAGAGAUUUGCAAAGUUAACCCCCUCCCCCUCAUUCUGACAGACCACUGGACACCCCACCUGAGGGAGCUGAAUGUCAAUGUUUGAUUCCCCAGAUUAAAUCCAGUUAUCAAUGUUUAUAGAUAAGCAUAAGCAUAAUCUUCACUAGUAAAAGGCACACACCAAUUCUUUCAACCUCUUACAUUAAAAGAUAUCUUGAUUUUUGUAAAUUGAUUCUCAGGUAUCUAUUUCAUAAUUAUUUAAAUGUCAAUAAAACUGUAUUACUUUUUGUAAAUUAGUUAAAAGCACUCAAUUAUUGAAGAUACCUAUAUCACAAUUUUACAAAGUGUGAAAAAUAAUGUUUAUCACCUAGGAAAAACAAAUGCUCGAGCUGAACCAAUUCACUAAUGAAAAUGUAUGUCUUCGGCUUUUCCCCUUGAGUUUCCUUUAUACAAAAUAAAGAGUAAUGUCUUAAGACUUGGAAAAAAAAAAAAAAAACACACACACACACAUGAAUGACGAAGGACUACCGGUGAAAAAGGCGGUCAUUUCCCAGGUGGAGGUUCCUCCGUCCAUUGUAAAUGUCAGGGUUACUGUUUUUCGAGUAUCCCGUGCACUUAUUUGCAUUAAACCUAUACCAUAUAUAACAUCAUUUUUCAGGAAGUUUAAACUUUAAACCUUAAUUGGAUAACAUUUCACAUCAUUUCAACUUUAAAUGAGCGAUUGAGGGGAAGAUGUCACUAGUAAUAACAUAUUGUAUUUUUGUUGCUGUGUGAGUCUGUUAUAUUGAUAAUACAUCGUUUCUACAUAUCUAUGUUUACCUUUGAUGUUGAACGAUUUGUGCAAAUGGAUAGAUAUUUCUCUCGUCUGACCAGAAAUGAUACUAAGCGGACUACGAUAGUCGAAAAUUGUUCCUAGAUUUCCACAUUAUAUAACGUUUCAAAACACCCCUGUCUAUACUUUAACUUACCUACUUGUCAUGAUUAUUUAUAUUUUCCAACUGGAGAUUUUUAGAGUGGAUAAAAUUUGCCAGAAACUGUUAGUGUAGACUGUAAAUAUUCAAUGGAUAUUACUACAUGACAUAAAACCAUACGGAGAAACUUUUCUCCUCUUUUUAUGCGUAAUUAAAAAUCUACAGCUCUUUUUGUCCGUCACGUCACUCCUAAUUUUGGUCUGAAGAUGAGCCUAAUAUAUUGUAAACCUUUUAAUUGUCUGUGCAUAUUUGAGAACAUUGAUGGUAUCCCUUGUUUAUGUUGAAGUAAUAUAUUUAGAAAAAAAAAAUGAAUUGAAUUGCAAAUGUGAAGCAUGAAAAUGGAUUUCGUAUAAAGCAUUUGAUAAAAAAUCUUAUUUCAAUUUUCAAAAAAAAAAAAAAAAAUAUUGAAAACAUGAAGCAAAGAAAAUAAUUUGAUACUGAGAUGUUGCGUAGCUAGCUAGAAGUACUUAACAUGCAAAAUCAGUCCCAUUGCUAGGUGCUAGUAUAAUGUUCUGAGGUAGACUUCCACAACAGUGUACCCCAGGAGUCACUUCAAAAUCAAUUACAAGAUUACUGCUGAUUGAGCACCAAGUGUGUUUUUGUUAAUUUAAUCUUUAGAAACUGGUCUUCCAGAAAGACAGGCUGAGAUAUCAAAUAAAAAAGCUAUUUGCUAACAUAUA